AUGUCGAAUCUAUCGAUAUCUUCAUUAUCUCUCAAUCUUUCUUCAUGCGAAUCUCCCUCUCUAUUCACAUAUGAUAGUCAACCUCUUCUCGCCUCUACUCUGAGCCUGUUUAUCUAUCUAUCUAUCUAUCUAUCUAUCUAUCUAUCUAUCUAUCUCCAGGCCAAUAUCACCAUCAAUCUUCGCUGUCUUUUCUCAGAGGUGGCUGAGGUCGUUGGCGCACAGCAUUUCCAACUCUCAUACAAGACACUCCUUAGGCGAAAUACGUCGGCCGUGAUGCGUGAACGGGAGGCCCAAAGUAGAAGUUGUCUUUGUGCAAUUUAUCAUCAUGUAUUUGGGGAAAUAUGGGCGUUGAAUAUUUGUGAGAAAGUUCAGAAUUUCUUCUUUUUUGACGUCUUGCUUUCUUUCAUUUUUUCUUUCUUUCUUUCUUUCUUUCUUUCUUUCUUUCUUUGCAAUUUAAUUAUACCUCGGCUUUAUUAUUUCAAUGUUAACUUCUCAGUAUAUUUUCUUUUUUGCUUUCGUUUUCAUACAUUCCUCUCUCUAUUCUUUCUUUCUUUCUUUCUUUCUUUCUUUCUUUCUUUCUUUCUUUCUUUGCAAUUUAUGUAUCAACUUCACCGGAUGUAUGUUUUUAAUCAAAUACUUCUUCCUAUGCCUACGUAUGGUCCUCAGGCCGCUUCUCUUAUCCAACAGCUGGUCCUCCAUUCGCUGUAG